AUGGCUUCAAGAAGUGUCCUGAUGCUGAUGGGGAAAUCCCGUUUACUGAACGCUCGCGUCGUUUCGGAUAACGCGAGGCUUCUGUCAACCGCAAGUCCAGGUCUGACUUCGGCGCCCACUUUUCCGAAGCGCCACGGUCAAACAGCGACCAAAGAUGAGCGUAGGGAAUUUAUGGGAAUGUUUCCCGACAUAGUUCGAGAUCUGACGGGUGACCCGGAAAAGAGAAACCAGGAUGUAGAACGCUGGUUUCACAAGGUCCUGCAGUUUAAUGUUCCCUCUGGAAGGAAAAGCCGUGGAUUGGCUGCGGUCGCCUCAUUUCGUACCCUCGUACCUCCGGAGGAAAGAAGUGAAGAAAGAAUGAGGAAUGCCUUGAUUGUGGGGUGGUGUGUAGAACUGAUUCAUAACGUGUUCGUCAUCCAAGAUGACAUUGCGAAAGGACGGCAAGUGCGCCGAGGGCGGUCAUCGUGGCAUAACAUGGACCAUGUUGGAGUGAAGGCCAUCAACGACGCUCUGAUGCUAGAAAACAGCAUGUACUUUCUUCUCUGGAAAUAUCUGCGGAAUGAGCCGUAUUACAUCAAGCUUGUUGAACUAUUUCAUCAGGUGGCAUUAAAAACUUCCGCCGGACGUACACUCGAUGCCCUCACCAACAAGAAAGACGGUACUCCAAAUUUCGAGAAGUUCACCAUGGACAGGUACAUGCGUCUCAUUCGAAACAAGAACGCUUACUACACGUUUUUGCUCCCUAUGGCCGCCGGAAUGUACGCCGCUGGUGUGCAAGCUCCGGAACUUCAUCGUCAGGCAAAAACUGUCCAGUUGGAUAUCGGCGAAUUCUACCAGAUUCAAGAUGAUUUCCUGGAUUGUUUUGGCGAAGGUGUCGAUAUCGUCAAGAUUGGCAGCGAUAUUGAAGAAGGUCGUAUCAGCUGGCUUGCCGUGGUUUUCCUCCAGCGAGCCCCUCCGGCAUUGAAAGAAGAGUUCAUGAAAAAUUACGGGAAGAAGGAAGCAGAAUCCGUGGCCAAAGUGAAAGGCCUUUACGAAGAGCUGAAACUUCACCAACUCUUCGAUGCUUAUGAAGAACAAAACUAUCGUCGCCUGUAUGAUGAAAUACAACAAUGCUCGCUUGGCGUUCCGAAAGGUCUGAUGAUGACAUUCCUCGAGAAACUGUUCCGAGGCUAAGUUGAACCACAUCACUGUGCUCAUUUGUGAAAACGUUUUGUGAAUGUUAUUCCAUCUCUAUCGAUGCUCUCAGCCCUGUUUAGUUCCAUAUUCAUGAGAAAAUUUGUAAAUUGUAAGGUCUUCAUUGAACAGAGAAACUUGUCGGGCUCUUGUAAUUCUGUGUUCAUUUGUUGGGCUUACUGCACGCUAGGUGAAGUGCGUGUUUGCUGUGUUGCUCACGGGGUUGCUGAUUGCGAUGGCUGAGGAGCUUUUAGGAACUAACUACAGUAUAGGGUGGCAUAUUUUUAACCAUUAAUACUCGUGGCGAAGGUUUUUGAAAUUUGUUGCAGUACUCGGAAACAUUGGUACUAAUUCUAGAGAAAAGAUCUUCGAUUUGAUUUAGGAAAUUUUAGUUUUGAAUUUAUUCAACCAAGAGACUAAAAAGCUAGGUGUUUCUCAUUGAAAUUGCUGAUGCCUGCUUUUUCAAUUCCCUCCGUGAUUGUUUCGAUUGAUUGAGGCAUUCUCCGUUCUGUGGGCCUCGGGCCGUGGGGGGCAUUCCUCGUUCUUUUUUGGAAAAUGUUUGUGAUUCAGUGUACGAAUAGUGAAGUUUCAGUGUGCGACAUGAUUUGAAGGAGUGAUCCAAUUUUUGAACAGUGAAGCUUGAUGGAUGGCAUGGAUUUGAGAAGCUUCACGAUGUAGAAGUAUCUGGGGAAUAUCGUCGUAAACCUCGAUCAAAUGUGAAUUUGCAUAUGAGGCCGGAAGUUGCGCAAAAUUCCGCGUGCCGCUAAUAGUUUGUUAUCGCAAAGGAAAAUAAAGCUAUAACUCGAAAGGAGGAAUUUAAAGGGAAAGAAAUAUUGCUGCUGUAAUGUGCGUGAAAACCGACAUGUGUUCCGAACUGCUUCGGUGACGUUUCCGUUCUUCCUUCGAGGGAAAGUGAGAUAUAUCCAAUGAUUGAAAUCGUUACAUUUGCUUGUACAACAUUUGUGAACAAACUCCUGAACUACUGGUGACUACGUGCAGAUUAUAUUAAAGUGAGAUCAUUCUGAAAAA